UGCUGGGGUCCCUGUGAGCAUUGUUGUGAGGACGGGUGGGAGAGUUGGGAACGGCGAUAGUGCCUGGCAGACGGAGUGUUCAGGAAGGGGGAUUUUUUGUUGAGCCCUUUCCUCUCACUGCUGGAAUAGUGGGAUACACAGGGGUACUGUGGUGUGCAGGGGCAGGGGGACAAAGCAGCUGUGUUGCAGUGCUCAUUGUUUGCAGUCACAAGGCUGGGUGAGAACAUGUCCAGGGUUGCCACUGGGCUGCAGGGAUGAGGGAGCUGUGGAACAGCCUGGCUGGCUGUGGCACCGAGGAAGAAAUUACCAGUUAGUGUUCUCCCUCCUGCCUGUGCAGACUUCAAAUUACAUGUUACGUUCCCAAGCAAGUCUGCCACUGGCUCAGUCUUUUGGCCCCGUGAGCAUUUCUAGUGCAGGGUGAGGUCCUGGUUGUCCCUUGAGGAGGAUCCCCAGAGGCUGAUGUCCCCUCAUCCCAGGUUUGCAACAGACCACAACUCGGACAACACGACGGCAAUGCUGCAGGAGUGGCUGGGGGCGGUGGGGAAGGACUAUCACUCGGUGGUCUGGAAGGUGCAAGAGGAGCCCAGCUCCUACCCUGAUGAGCUUGGUCCCAAGCACUGGAGUGACAAACGCUAUGAAAACGUGAUGAAGUUGAAGCAGGAAGCUCUCACCUAUGCCCGGGAGCAGCAGGCAGACUACAUCCUGUUCAUGGAUACUGACAGUGUCCUAACCAACAACCAGACCCUCAAGUUUCUCAUGGCACAGAACAAGUCAGUGGUGGCCCCCAUGUUGGACUCACAGACCUUCUACUCCAACUUCUGGUGUGGCAUCACACCCCAGGGAUUCUAUCGCCGGACCCCUGACUACUUCCCCACCAAGAACCGGCAGCGGGUGGGCUGCUUCCGUGUCCCCAUGGUCUAUGCCACCUUCCUGAUCGACCUGCGCAAGGAGGAGACCUUGCAAUUGGCUUUCUACCCGCCCCAUCCCAACUACACCUGGGCCUUUGAUGACAUCAUUGUCUUUGCCUACUCCUGCCAGGAGGCUGGUGCGGAGGUCCAUGUGUGCAACCAGCAGCGCUUUGGUUACAUCAAUGUUCCUGUGAAGGCCCACCAGACGCUGGAGGAUGAGCAUGCCAACUUUGUGCAUCUCACGCUGGAGGCCAUGGUGGAUGGUCCCCCCAUGCAGCGCUCCAGGCACAUUUCUCUCCUGCCCAGGCCACUCACAAAAAUGGGCUUCGAUGAAAUCUUUCUAAUCAACCUGGUGCGGAGGCCAGACCGGCGGCAGCGAAUGCUGGCAUCCCUGCAGGAGCUGGAGAUCAUUCCACGGGUGGUGGAUGCUGUGGAUGGCAGCACCCUCAACAGCAGUGACAUCAAGGUGCUGGGAGUGGACCUGCUACCCGGGUACUAUGAUCCCUUCUCCGGCCGCACGCUCACCAAGGGCGAGGUUGGCUGCUUCCUCAGCCACUACAAUAUCUGGAAGGAGAUCGUGUCCCGGGGGUUGGAGCGGUCAGUGGUCUUCGAGGAUGAUGUGCGCUUCGAGGCCGCCUUCCCAGCACGGCUGCAGCGGCUAAUGGAGGAGCUGGAGCGGGCACAGCAGGACUGGGACCUCAUCUACCUGGGGAGGAAACAGGUGAACGACGAGGAUGAGGCACCUGUGAAAGGCGUGCGGAACCUGGUGGUGGCCGGGUACUCAUACUGGACACUGGCCUAUGCCAUCUCCCACCAGGGGGCACAGAAGCUGCUGGCCACCAAACCGCUCUCCAAAAUGCUGCCGGUGGAUGAAUAUCUGCCCAUCAUGUAUGACAAGCACCCCAACGAGGAUUACAAGCGGCACUUCUCCCCACGGGACUUGCUGGUGUUUUCGGCUCACCCCCUCCUGGUUUAUCCCACUCACUAUGCUGGGGACAGCAACUGGCUGAGUGACACCGAGACUUCAACCAUCUGGGAUGACGAUGCCAAGAAGACUGACUGGGUUGGCUCGCAGAAGACUCUGAGGGACUCACGGGGCAGUACUGGUCACCUCCGCUCCACGGCCCGUGAUGAACUCUAACGGGAUAGGGAGUAUGAUCCAGCUGGGAGCACCAUGGGCAAGGACCUUACACUGCCCACUCCCACUCAGGAGAUGCAGCUGCCCUGGACAGAGACCCAAAGGGUUCUUUGAAUCUGCAUGUGAUGAAUCCACCCAAAGCAGGAUUUGCCCCAGGAAAGCCUUUCCCUGCCAAGGAGGGAGACCAGAGGAGCGCUGUGCUCUGUCUCUGCUGAGGACACAUCUCCAGGACAGUCCCAAGUGAUGCAGACUCUGUCAUCUCCCACCAGCCUGGACUUUGGGGAGUGGACUUCGGGCUGGCACCCAUGGCGGCCUCCUGCCACUG